UGUGGCUCCUGUUCUCCGGCGCAGUGCGUUUUGGGAGAUGAUGUCUGCCGAUGCUGCACUGGCGAGCCUUUGAUAGGGAGAAGACUACAUUUCCCAGAAAGCCUCGCUCCGUGGUUGCAGAGCAAGGAUGGGGUACCGGUGGCUGGGAUCGGUCUGAUACACCGAUGACCGGAGGAUGGCAGCGUGUGACAGGGAGAUAGUGUACCAUAAGGACAGCUCCCAGAGUGAAGAUAUUGAUGAGUGGGACGAUGCUGCUCUUAUUAAAUCCUAUGAAAAGGCUGUCCAGUCUUUCCAGGAUAUGCUUAGAUGCACUGAUAAAAGCCGGAGGCCAGAAGGAGCCACUGCAUCAGGUGAUCUCCAAAAAGAUUGUCAGCGAGACGUGACAAGAGAAUCAGAGUGGGAGAGAGAUGGGCACAGGGAUCAUCCAAAGGAUGAGGGGGAUAAAUGGAGUAAAAAGAAGAAGGCACAGCCUCCUCCUCCUCUGACACAUCCUUCUUCUCAGUCAACCCCUCGCUCUCUCACAACCAAAUGGAAAGUGGGAGACCCUUGUAGUGCAGUUUGGUCAGAGGAUGGAUGUGUCUACCCUGCUACAGUAAAAUCCAUUAACAGAGAAAGCAGCACUUGUGUGGUCCAGUAUGAUGGCUAUGGAAAUACCGAGAGGCAUCAGCUGGAUGAAAUAGUGUCUGUGGGGAGCAGUGGGGAUAGCACCCCACCUGUCAAACAGUGGAAGGUUGGUGACCGUUGUUCAGUGCAGUGGUCUGAGGAUGGACAGCUAUACUCAGCCGUUAUUCGCUCUGUGGAUGAGGUUUUGGGCACCUGUGUGGUGGUGUAUGAGGGAUAUAACAAUGAGGAGGAGCAGAACUUGGGUGAUCUGAUGCCUCCAUCCAGACUCCCCGCACACACUCGCGGCAAGAAGCAGGCGAGUCCUGCACCUCUAGGACUGGAUAGCUCAGGGGAUGAGGAGGAUACAGACUGGAUGUACACAAGGAGAAGUUCUACCUCUUCACCUGAUCUAUCACGUAAUAGGAGGAAACAGGGGAAGAAGUCUGAUUGGAUGUACACUUUUCCACCACCGCCUCCGCCUCCCCCUCCACCACCUCCACCUUCAUUACCUCCUCCUCCUCCACCCAAGGGCUGUUUUUGGCCACCACCUCCACCACCUGUGAGAGCUCACCUUCCUGCCUGGCACAAUUGGCCCCCAUCAGCACCUCUUCCUCCACCACCACCACCACCUCCUUUCUUCAGCACAGAGUGGGAGGACUAUGAUGAAGAAGAGCAGGAGGAUGAAGAUGUGUUGGCUUGUAUGCUAAUGGCUUGGUAUAUGACUGGGUAUCAUACAGGCUUCUACAAGGGCCUUAAGCAAGGACGGGCUGAAGCUUUGAGACCUAAUCUUAAAAAAGGGCCCAGAAGAAAAUAGCAUGAAAGGAUGAAAGGAUUAUCUCUCCCAUGGAGAAGGCAGGACGCUUCGCUACGUUCCUCUUAUUCCCUUUGACAGCCUCCUCCACUGCCCUCUCCCGAUUUCAUGACAACUGCUCACAGAUGUUGAGAGACCCCCAUACAGAGAUAUUAAAUGAUAU